CUCUUUAGUUGGGGCACUCGGUGCGCGAUGUGUUACUUACGGCGAAACUCCCGCUGGCGCCGGCAGCAGCAGUGGCUGGGAAGCGGCAGCAGUGGCGCCGCCGGUAACCGAAGCGGAGAGGACGCCCAGCAACCGCCGGCAGCACCCGCUGCUUAGAGGCGACGGCGGAGAGCCCCGCUGCGGCUCCGAGCAGCUGCGCUCUUCCUGCGAAGGAAUAACUUUAUUUUACCCACUUCUCCUUCACUUUUUCUUUUUUCUUUUUUAUUUUUUUUCCUUCCCCACCGCUUCUCUUCAUUUAUACAUUUUUUUUUCCCUGUGGCACUCAGCCCGCAACCUCAUUCGGCGGCGGCAGCAGCAGAGGAGCCAGGCGGUGUUGCCAGCGUCGGGUCGGGGAUGGCGAGCCCCGCCGUGCUGCCCCCCCUGAGCUCCCCUCCCGGCCCCAACCUGAACAACAACAACAACAACAACCAAGGCGUGAGGAAGUGCGGUUACCUGCGCAAGCAGAAACACGGCCACAAGCGCUUCUUCGUACUGCGGGGCCCAAGCGGUGGGGACGAGACGGGGGGCGCCCGGCUGGAGUACUAUGAGAACGAGAAGAAAUGGAGGAACAAGUCUGGGGCGCCCAAGCGGGUGAUCGCCUUGGACUCCUGCCUCAACAUCAACAAGCGGGCGGACGCCAAGCACAAGUAUCUCAUUGCCCUCUACACCAAGGACGAGUACUUCGCCGUGGCUGCCGAGAACGAGCAGGAGCAGGAGGGCUGGUACCAAGCUUUCACUGACUUGCUGAAUGAGGGCAAGGCGGCGGCCUGCCAGGGGUCCCCCCACCGCCACCUCGCCUCCCCCUUCUCCGCCUCCUGCAGCGCGGCCGCCGCCUCUGUGGCCGUCGCCGGCGAGGACCUCAACUACGGGCUGAUCACGCCGGCUGCCGCUGCCUACCGAGAGGUCUGGCAGGUGACACUGAAGCCCAAAGGCUUGGGGCAGAGCAAAAACCUCACGGGUGUCCACCGGCUCUGCCUCUCGGCUCGCACUAUAGGGUUCGUGCGCCUCAACUGUGAGCUGCCCUCGGUCACGCUGCAGCUGAUGAACAUCCGCCGCUGCGGUCACUCCGACAGCUUCUUCUUCAUUGAGGUGGGGCGUUCGGCAGCCACCGGUCCCGGCGAGCUGUGGAUGCAGGCGGACGAUUCGGUGGUGGCUCAGAACAUUCACGAGACCAUCCUGGAGGCAAUGAAGGCACUGAAGGAGCUUUACGAAUUCCGGCCUCGCAGCAAGAGCCAGUCUUCAUCUUCAUCCUCCUCCGGGGGGGUCGCUGGCGUCGGCGGCAGUGGCGCCUCCGCCACUCACCCCAUCACUGUGCCCGGACGCCGGCACCACCACCUGGUCAACCUGCCUCCCAGCCAGACGGGCCUCCUCCGUCGCUCGCGCACUGACAGCCUUGCCGCCGGCACCAAGUGCACGCCGUGCCGGGUGCGAACGGCCAGCGAGGGCGACGGCUGCCGGGUGGGCUCGGUGGCCGGUAGCCCCAUGAGCCCAGGCCCCGUGAGGACCCCCCUCAGCCGUUCGCACACGCUUAGCAGCGGCGGCCGGCAAGCGGGGAAGCUACUGCCAGUGCUGCCUGGCGGCGGCUUGCAAAACAGUCGUUCCAUGUCUAUGCCCACCUCCCACUCGCCCCCAUCUGCCACUAGCCCACUCAGCCUGUCCUCCAGCAGCGGCCUCGGCUCCGAGCCUGUCCACUCUCAUCACCCGCAGCGCCCGUCUAGUGGCAGUGCCUCUGUCUCCGGCUCCCCUAGCGACGCUGGCUUUAUGUCCUUCGACGAGUACGGCUCUAGCCCGGGAGGCGACCUGCGGCCCUUCUCGUUCUCCUCCACUGCCAGCAACCGCAGCAACACCCCUGAGUCGGUGGCUGAGACGCCCCCGGUGCGGGACCCCGGGGGCAGCAUCGACAUCUACCGCUACAUGGCGAUGGAGAGGCCCCCGAGCGGCCGCCUCUGCUACCGGCCCUGUCCUGACGCACCCGCCGACAAAGGCCAUCGAAAGCGGACCUACUCGCUGACCACCCCGUGCCGACAGCGGCCCGCCCAGCCGCAGGUCUCCUCCGCCUCCCUCGAUGAGUACACACUGAUGCGCGCCACCUUCGCCGGCAGUGCUGGCCGCCUCUUCUCCUCCUGCCAAGCCGGGGCUUCCCCCAAAGUCACCUACACCCCCUACCCCGAGGACUACGGGGAUAUCGAGAUCGGCUCCCACCGCAGCUCCGGUAGCAGCAGCACCAACUUGGGGCCGCCGGCAGGGGGGGGAGGAGGAGGGGGAGAUGAUGACGGCUAUAUGCCCAUGACCCCUGGCGUGGCUGCAGCCUUAGGGCAGGGAAGCCGAGGCGGCGACGACUACAUGCCCAUGAGCCCCACCAGCGUGUCCGCCCCAAAGCAGAUCCUGCAGCCCCGGGCGGGUGUAGGGGGCGGGUCCCCCGGGAACGGGAGCAGCUACAAGACUAACUCACCCGGGGAGAGCUCCCCUGACGAUAGCGGGUACAUGAGGAUGUGGUGUGGCUCCAAGCUGUCCGUAGAGAGCUCGGACGGGAGGCUACAUAACGGCGACUAUAUCAAUAUGUCCCCUCGGGAACCCCAUCACGGGUCUCAAGUUCCCUCCCUCACCCCUCCGGACUUAUUUUUCUCUCCUUCGGGGCACGGGUCCGGCGAGCCCCCGAAGCCCGGUUGCUGUUCCUACAGCUCCUUACCCCGCUCUUACAAGAGCCAGGGGCUGGCAAAGGACAGUGACCAGUACGUCUUCAUGAACUCCCCGGGGAGGAUCAUCCCGGAGGAGGCAGUGUGCGGAGCAGGCCAGUCACCUGCCGACACCUUCUCCUCCUCUAGCCACACGGUGCCUUCGCCCCUGCGCCAUAGCCGGACUGAGAGCUUCCUGAGCCAGCGGUGCCAGCGGGCGGCCCGACCCAGUCGCCUCUCUCUGGAAACCUUGCGGACGAUGCUGCCCAGUAUGAAUGAGCACCCUCUGCCGUCUGAGCCGAAGAGCCCUGGCGAAUAUAUCAACAUUGACUUUGGGGAUGCUGCCGUUUAUUCUCCCCCGUCGCUACCUGCCGACAGCCCGGCUUCUUCCCUGGGCUCUGGCACGGGGCAGAGGCGUUCCCCUCUCUCUGACUACAUGAACAUUGACUUCGGGUCACAGUCUCCUUCCCAGUCGGGCACAGUUUCAGUGGGCUCCCUAGAAGCGCUCUCGCCAGGCUCUUCCUCCAGCACCAGCCAGCCUGACGGACAUUACAUGAAGGCAGCUGUGGGGGUGGCUUGUUCGUCCAGCCCAUCUGACGGCGGGGAUUACACCGAAAUGACCUUUGGCAUGGCCACUACACCACCCCAGCCCAUUGUUCAGAAGCCAGAAAGUGCCCGGGUUACUAGCCCCACAGCUGGGGUGAAGAGGCUCACCCUCUCUGGGGUGGAAGCUUUCAUUCUCUCUAGCCCUCCCCCAGACCCGAACCGAGGGGCCAAGGUCAUCCGGGCAGAUCCCCAGGGGCGCAGGAGGCACAGCUCGGAAACUUUCUCGUCCACCACCACUGUGACCCCCGUGUCCCCCUCCUUUGCACACAACCCCAAACGGCACAAUUCGGCCUCGGUGGAGAAUGUGUCCCUCAGGAAAAGUGAAGGCCUGGAGGAGGAGCAGGGUAGCAGCCCGAUGUGCCGGGAGACCUCGGCUGGCUUCCAGAAUGGUCUGAACUACAUCGCUAUUGACGUGGUGGAUGGGACCUUGGCAAACUGCGACAAAGCCAGGUUGAAAGCCAGUCGUGUCCUCAACGGGGGCAUCAACGGAGUAGAGAUGAGCGCCUAUGCCAGCAUAGACUUUCUGUCUCACAACCUGAAAGAAGCAAGUGCUGUGAAAGGAGGUACAGGAAGAUGGAAAAGAUGAGAGACCCACCGUUUGCAGAGCAAGCUUUGAUUGUUGAAUGAAAUGUCAGUUUGAAAGCAUGAACGCUUAUUCUGAAUGACUUGGAAAGGUUGAGGGCUGAGCGUUACUUGGCUGUUCCUUUUAGUUUUAUUUGGGUCAUUUUCAGGAUCCCUGUGGCUUGACUGAAACUGGUGCAGAUGCUGCAGUGACCGUUCUCCUCACCCAGCUGUGUGAUUGCAGCCCCAGGCACCGACCAAACCAUCGCGCCCCUCACUUUACAAAACUGAGUUCUUACAAAACUGAGGAGUUUGUCUCGAGCCACCAACAGUCCCAAGUUCAAACUGAGCCCUAUGUUGGGAAAGAGCUAUUUCCACAGCAUUCCCCAAACUGCUGACCCUACAGGAGGGGGAGAGAGUGGAGCAGGCACUGGUUACAGAAAAAACCUGGAGUGGAUGGCAACACAGUCACCAUGUAGGUGAAAAGCAGGAACGGAAGGAGAUGGCCUAUCUUCCGAAGGAAGGGGAACCGACCGCUGGCCUUCCCCUCCAGUAGACAACAGAAUAGUGCAAUAAACGGCCGUGUUGGCGUGGUGCACGGCGUACAGAGAGGAGGGUGCAUCUCUGCUCUAUGUUUGUCAAAGGGCGGUUAUAAGCUUGCCUUAUUAUAAUAUUUAAACUGCAUGCAGGUUUAUUUUUCUGGGCUCUCAUGAGCUUUUAAACACAAACUACAUUAAGAGGUGUUGUGGAGAAGCUCGUAGAGACUUGGUCUGUCUGUAGAAGUCUGUCUUCUCCACUAUCCUGUUUACCUGAGUGUGCGAUGGAUGCCUCCUGGGCAUGCUCGAGGUAUUAAUGCUGCCAGUAUUAGGCCAAGGCAGUAGGGAAAACCGUACACAAACAUCAGCAGCAGCCUGAAGCGUCAGGUACCAAAACCGUGGUUUUGCGGGUUCAUUGCACUUGUGGCAGGCAAACUAGAAAAGUCGUAGCACAGGGAUGGAAAAAAAAAAUCAUAAAGAGCUUUAUUGGUGUAAAUCGAAUCAAAUCAUUAAUUUUUACAGGUUUCCUAGUUUCUCUUUUGGUUUUCAUUAAGAUUUCACAUUGUUUGUUUACAGAAGGGCUUCUGCCAGUGUUUAAAAACAUCAAGUACUAUGCCAGUGUAUUUGAAUUUUAAACCUUGUGAUUUGGGACACUACUAAGAAUUUAAUGUUUUAUGGAGAAGCACAUAUGCAAUUUAGAAACUAUUUUGAGCGUAAGCAAGGUUAUUUUAACAUGGGAGUAAUUCAUGUGGAUUUAAGAUAAUCUAAUUUUGUAAAAAUCAGUGGCUUACACAUGAAAGCUUAUGUAUAAUUAGCAUUGUUUACUUAGUUGUUUGCACUUUUAAAAUUGUCUUUUUAAGUAUUAUUAGAAAAGCUUUACAUCUUCAAAACUUCUCAGAAACCAAGUGAGGUUUCUAGCAAUUUUAAACCAAUAGAGAAUUGACAUAUAUUUGAUAUUUAGAACAGGAAGAUCUCAGAGAUAUGGGGUAAUUACUUUCUCAGUAAGUUAGUGUUUUGAUUUGUGUAGAAUACAUGUAAAAAACCCCAGCUUAAGUUCUGUGGCAGCAGAUGUGUUUUCUUGUGGAAAAGUGUUUUAAGGGGAGAUUUGUAUGAUCUAAAGGUGGUUGGUUUUCAUGUAUAGCUUGCCUCUGAUAUCAGUAACUUACCUCUGCUGUAGGGAGUGCUGUGCUUUUGGAAAUAUCUGUCCAUGUUAUGCUGUCAUGGCAAGAACAAGCAAGUGCAUCCACAACUGCUGUCAAAACAAAAGAAUUAAAAGAUUGCUUGAAAUUUUCAGUUUGUUUAGUUUUACUGUGUUCUGAAAGUCUGCAAAUAUUUAAGAAUUGGAGAAACACUUGCCUUCAUUUGAUGUGUAAAUAAAUUACUGGUUGGUUAAAGCUUGUAACUGUUGAUAAUUAGCCUUUGUUCUUAAAUUAUGACUGCUUGUUUGCUUAAAAACAUAUGAGCUGUGUAUGGUGUUUAUUAUUUAUGGAGACACUUAUAGUAAUUUUCCUCAUAGAGUGCAAAUUAUUUAUUUCAAUAUAUUUAUGACUGAUUACAUCUACUUUUUAUAGUAGAUCUGAGUUCUAGUGAAGUCAAGUGGGAGUUCUCUGUCUGUUUUGAUAGGGUUAAAAUUUUAUUCUUUAUGUAUAAACCUGACAUUCUUAAGUAAAAUUCCCAUUAAAUUUGUUGGGUGUUUAAUAGGGAAUUUUGCUUAAUUGAAAACACUAGAGUUGAGUUUUAUUUUCUUUUCCAUUAAUGAAAUGCUCUGUAACUUAUAAAUGUUUCUAGUAGUUGGUCUAGUUUUCUAAAAUUAAACAGAUACUACAUUUCAUGGUGAAAAAACACCCUGAGGAGUGUUUUCCUCCUGUUUUAGCUUAUUUUGUGUUGAUUUAUUUAAAGAAGUUAUCAUCUGUAAUGUAGCUAUGUAAGUUCCUAAUAAGGUGAUAUUUUGAUAAUAAUGCCCUCUGCCUUGUCAAUUAGCUUUUACUUUUGUGAGGGUUUUAUGAUUGCACCUAAACAAUAAAAAGCCUAUUUUAAGAAAUCUC